AUGAAUUCAUUGGUAGAAUUUUCUGGGAAACUACCAAAAGCUGUCUUGGAAUCGGAGUUCAUUGCUGGCAAAGCAAUUCUAUUCUCAAUCAAACUAUGGAAAACAUUUACUGAUUGCUUCAAUUGUCUACCAAUUGCUGCACUCAUUGAUGAGAAGAUAUUCUGUUGUCAUGGUGGUUUAUCACCAGAUCUACAAAAUAUGGAACAAAUUCGACGUGUUAUGCGACCAACUGACGUUCCUGACACAGGUAUGCAGAAUUCUGCUGACCAUAUAUAUUAUAAUCUUUUUCAUAUUCUCAUCUCAUAG